AUGGAAGCAGCAGCUGCUACCGCGGUCCUUAAAGUUCUAGUUGAAAAACUCAUCGACCUCCCCAUGAAAGAGAUCUCUCAAAUCCGAGGUUUCCGCAAAAAUGCAGAAAAGCUAGCUGGAAGUCUCGACAUGAUCCAGAAAUUCUUGCACAAUGCUGAGAUGCGUGCCAUCACCAGCGAUGCUGCUGUCAAGAGCUGGUUGAAGAAGCUUGAAGACGUGGCGUUCGAUGCUGACAAUGUUUUGGAUGAAAUCAACUAUCAUAUUCUCUCCAAACAAAUUAAGGCCACCAAACCCAUGAAGGCGAAGAUAUUAUCAGGCUUCUCAUCAUCCGUCAAUUCUAUUGCGCGUCCGAGAAAUAUGGCUGUUAGAAUCAAGAAAAUCAAUAAGAAUUUGAAGUCCAUUAAGAAAGAGGCCACCGACCUUGGCCUCGUAGUGAGGCUUGCCAUUGCCAAUGAGCCCACUUUGGUUGAUGCUUCUUUGGAAACUGAUUCUUGA